AAUCUAAUUUCACCUAGGUUAGUUUAGAGAGAGAUGGUUACUAGAAGCUUAUAAAAUAUUCAGAACCCGUUUAGCGGCCGUGAAAAUCAAAUACUGCCACACCCGCAGUACGAGAGAGUUAUACCUCAAUCAUCCGCGCCUCACUAGAAGCUAUAUUCAAACAUGCAUUCAAGUGCAUAUACCUGAUCCUGGGUUGAUGGACUUAAUAAACCCUCCCAGUAAAUGUACGCCGAUUCCAUAUGGCUUACAUUUGCUGCCUUCUACUCGCGAUUCCUCUGCAUCCACUUUUAUUACGGCUAUUGAUCGAUGCAUUGGUUCAUAUAGCAAUAUAACAUACACUAUUUGGCAUCCUUCUUCAAGUCCAAGCCGGGUGGAGGUGCCAUGCUCAAGCCUGGAGGUGGUGCCAUGCCCGCACUACUGCCCAUCAAGCCUGGAGGUGGUGGUGGUAGAUGACCUGAGGCGCUUGGAGAAAAUAAACCGGGAGGUGCCAUGCCAGGUGGAGCUAUGCCAGGUGGAGCUAUUCCCGGAGGAGCCAUGCCCGGUGGAGCCAUGCCUGGAGGAGCCAUACCUGGCGGACCUCUACCUGGAGGCAUGGAUAGCCCUGAGGAUGGGAAGAACUGCUGCAUCUGUUGCACAAUAGGCACAUGCUGAACGGUCGGCUGAACCCCUUGUGAAGCCUUGUUCUCGAUAGCCUUCUUCUGCCAUGGUGGGAUCGGAAUUUCAGCCUUGUGGCGCUUCGCCUCAGGUUCGCUGUACUCAAUACCAUGACCAGAAGGCCCAUUAUAACCAGUGUUGUUGUUAGUAGAACCACUAUAUCCGCUGUUUGCACCGUAACCGCCAUUGUUGUACCCCCC